UUGAUUACCACAUAGUAUGGAAGUGUUGUUAUAAGUUGAAAUGAAAUGCGCAUGUUUGUGAAAACCUAAAGACAAUUUAGCGUGUCGUCCAUUGACGUUUUCAGCGGAACACUUCAAGUUAUCGAGCCAGAAGUUUAGGGGUAACUUGAGAUCGGAUACCGAUGGUGGGCUUAAUUUCUGGUGGCUGAGUGUCGUACCUAGUCUAGGGCUAGGCUCUAUGGAGUAUGGUGCAUGCCCAUGUGAUUGUUAUCAGGUGACUGAGUUGUUCAACUUUGAGCCUGGGAAUUAGAAGACCACGUUUGCUUCAAGCAAUGGUUAGGUUGAAGAACAGAUAUGUGCUUGGGGAGCUAAUACUGGACGAUGGCCGGACAGCGACCGAGGCCAAACUGAAUACACGUGUGACACAGCAGGCUAUCCAUACAGUUAUCAAGCAGUUACAUGGCGACUUUGGUAUUGGGGCUGUUACUGCAGGUUUUGUUGUUAAGUACGUGGGACUGCAGACCAACACUGUACUCAUCAAGGUUCGUCACAGGGCCAUCAGAUAUCUCACGUCCUCUCUCCCGUUUGUGAUGUCAAUCUCCAAAGUCCCUUGCUGCUUCCUAACCCUCCAUGUUGCUGGUACCAUGAGAGCAUGUCAGAAGUUUCUUGUGAAGCAUGAUAGGAGACAGUUAACAAUCCUCUUCAAGAAUAGCAAGACACAAACUGAGCGUAACACAGUUCUUGAUGCUCUAAAGCGCUGCCAGGCCAAGGAAACGUUAUGGGUGGAACCCAAAGAUGAUUCAUUUACAGAUGAUGAUGACAGUGACGAGGGCAGGUGACCCGUGUCGUCAUUUAAAAAAGUUUCCUCAGAAACAGGGGAUAAUGACUAUGUUUCUUCAUCAACGCAAGGAUGAUGAUACUACGAUCAGACUGUGUACUGUAUACAGGAGUUCAGUCACUUUUUUGCUUGGUCAUGGAUGGUGCGACACAGCGUCCAGGAUGGAAAAGUGACGCAACAUGUACCUACCAAUAUUGCCAGAUUUCUCUUGUGUGGUCAGUCUUCUGAAAUUGGACUCCAGCUACUGUGAACUGCACAACCAUAAGUUGUCCAUACUGUAUUUAAUAGCCACAUAAAAGCCUCAGGGAUGCCAAUUUUAGGCCCUGGCAAGUUAUUUUCAGACCAUAGUUUAGGCUUUUUUAUGUACAAAAUAGCUCAUUCUAGGUGAUUUUCAGGCCCUCUGAUCAAUUCUAACUGGCAUCCCUGAAACCUACAUGAUGAUAUGAUUUGUUUGAAUUACGUAAAUGUAUGUAAACUUGAUCAAGGCAUUAAUCUACAUUUGCCACUACAUACCCAGGAGAGAAAUGGGGACCCGUUAAAAUGACGAAAGCAUUUGUAUUAGUAAUUGCCAUAUGCCCUCAAUGGUAACCAUAUAGAAUGUACACUUCCCAGGGAGUGGAGAUGGUGUACAUUGUACGUGUCUGGAAUAAAUCAGAUGACCAGGGAAUAAUAUCCGUGAAACACAUAGAGAUGGUAUUUCGUAUUAAGCACUGUAUAAAUCUGUAUUAUUAUUAUUAUAAUUAUUUUCAUUAUUAAACUAGGGUCAUAAUUAACAGUGCAUUCCUCUGUCCCCUAAAGACAUGGGCCGUUAUUAAAGAAUUUUUGUCAUGCAGAAAUGGAAAAUAAAUUAUCAAUGCGAAACCACACAAACUUGGGAGGAUUUGUAAGUAGUCCAGUUUCAUGGAAGCUUCGAGCCUCAAAAAAUCAUAUGAGCACAACACUAAAGUUUUGCUAUCUUUAAUAGUUUCUAGCCUUAAAAAUGGCAGUCAUUAAUGGUAUUCUUCUGGGCUCUUUUUGGUAUAACUGGUUAUCAAUAAUAAGAUACAAUGAUCGUUAUAAGCUACUAAAAUUCUUGCAUUUGAUUGGCUAUGAGCAGAUUUGUCGUAGAUUUGUGGCAGAUGUUUUUGACAAGUUUAAUGUAACGGGGCCUGGGUUUACAGUAUUGUUGUAUGGCACUGUGUGUGCGACAAGCUUCAUUAAUUGUUUCUACAAUUCUUUCGCUCAUGAACUUUUCGUUGAUUUUGUUUCAUUUCUAUGAUUUCAUAUACAUAAUUUGAACAAACUGUGCUGGGUGGUUUAGCUAGGAAACUGCUGUUAAACAGGUAAAGUUAGAGAUUUUUCUCCAAUUUUGUAUUUAUUUUUCAAAUGAAAGAAAAUUGACCUUGUGAUGUGACUGUAAUCAUGUUUUGUAUUAUAUAAAACUUUCAUUAUUUGAAGGUAAA